AUGGAACCGCCGGCGAAGCGCAUGCGCAUCUGGCAGUCGGUCGAGGUGGACGAGGAGAAUUCCGACUAUGUCAAGGCGAAGCAGAAGCAGCAGCAAAAGUUCAAGGGCCGGCUGGAAUCGAUAUUCGAGAAAUACGGAAACAUGCACGAGUCAAUGAGCGACGAGAUCGACAUGAAGACCAACAGAGUGGUGGUGGAUAGAGGUCAUUUGCGGAGACUAAAGCGCCAGGUCGGCCGCAAAGAAGCCUUGUUACUGGAUACCCUUGGCUUGGCUGUGGAGAAGGGACCAAAGCGUGGAAUUGACGAGGAAGAGGAAGAAAUUGUAGAGGAUUCAGAAGAUGAACUGGCACCGAGCCAGCCAGUCAAGUCGAAGGACGGACAGCCCGAAUCAGACGGACAACAAACCAAAACAUCAGACGACGACGCGCAGCCGAACACUUUGGCGACCUCGAUACCGCAAUUUGGCGGACUACAAACCCCAAACACACCGGUCCCUACUACAAAUAUCUUGCCGGCUGUCCAGUUUCCGCAAACUCCUGCGGGUCAGCAGGCGCAGGCUACAUUCUACAUGACGUUGACGCAGGGAAUUGGAGAACUUGUCCAAAGAGCCAUGAUUCAAUCCGGCUUAUUACCUUACUCUCCUAUCCCUCCCGUAACCGCUGCCCCACCGGUUACGUCCAUCACGACAAACGACAAGGUUGUGCCAGCCACUGACCCGAAAUGGUUCUUUCCACCUCUGUCCGCUGCAGCGCGCGAACAUCCAGCAGCACAAUCAAGUCCUCUUCCAAUCCAUGCAGCGGCUGUAGCGACUGGACAGGCUCAUCAAGUAGUUGGCGCUACGCUCCCGCAUGAGCAAGAACAAAUAACAGAAUCGACGCCCUUGGCGAAUGAAAUGUCUUCUAUGGCACCUCCAACACGAUUGGGAGAGAGCUCGCCUUCUAGACCCCGCCGAGCUAGUCCGCGUGUCGAGGUCCAAAGACGCCGUAUCCGUUCAGCUCGAAAAUAUCAUUUUACUAAAGAAGAUGACGAAUACAUAAGCGAGAAGAAGAAGAUAGACCAAUUGUCAUGGGCCGCUAUCAAAGAGAGCCAGGAAAAGUGGAAAGAUUGGCCACUCAGCGCGCUUACAAGACGAUGGGCUGUGAUCAAAGACCAGAACUUGCAUCUGCAGACACCGCUUGUAGCUGGCACGAGUGAUGAGAUGCCUGAUACUGAAAUCGAGCUGGAUGAGCAAGCGGAGGCUUCUCCGAUACAAUCCCACCAUUUGCCAACGCCGAGUUCAUCUGAGCAUGGAGAUGGCCACAGGGAGGGAGUUGAAUCACCACAGUAUGCCAACGGAUACCCAUCGAGCGCGCACUUUGACGACGACGAACUUGAGCUGCUAUCCCUGACUGGCCGAGAGGCGGAAGAUGAAGAACCGUUUCCUGAGAAUCCAGACGAAGAAAUAUCAGACCCCUUACCAGAAGACGUCAUCAUCCCAUCUAUAGAAGCCAACGACGUUAUCGAUGAAGACGACCUGCAGCGAGACUUGCUUGAAAACCUACCGUUACGAGAUGCCACCCUAACACCCCCACGACUAGCCUCGAUCCGCGUAAAAACCGAGCCAAUACCUUCUUCUCCCAUCGCCGCACAGGUAGAGGAUUCGCCCAUGCGAUACGACACAGUACCAGACUCGGAUACGCCAGAAGAAGAUACUAGUAGUACCACUACCACCACCACUACUGCUACAUCUCUAGACCGCGUCGCCGAAACCAGUGUUCCAGAAGAAGAAGAAGAAGAAGAAGAAGAAGAAGAAGAAGAAGAUGAAGAUGACGACCCUCUCAUCCUCCUCGCGCCCUCUCCUCCCCCCGUCACCGCCCCCACCACGCCAGCCAUCAAGCGCGAACCCAGCACCCCAUCAACAAGCUUCUUCCUCUCCACGCUGUACACCCCGAACACAAGUCUCUCCUCGCAGCCACGACAACGCCACAGUAUCCGCGACGCAAACACCAAACAUCCUCAGCCUGUACCAGGUGCUGUAAACAGAAAACAAAGAGAACAAGAAGAUGCAAAGGCACAUAUGAAACGCGUUAAACAGUGCUGGAAAGGCAAAGCUGCGGGUACAACAGCAACAACAGCGACGACGAUGAUGGGAAUGCCGCGAUUGCAGCACGUCGAUAAGGCGACGAAGAAGGCGACGAAGAAGAGGAGGCUUAGUUUGGGUUUGGGGGUGCUGGGGGGUAGUAGUAGUGGUAGUGGUAGUGGUAGUGGUAGUAAUAGUAGGAAUAAGAAGAGGAGGAGAAGUAGUAAUAGUAGUAGUGGGAGUAGGAGUCAUGAUACUUACGAUGAUGAUGAUUAUGACGUCGAUGUCGACGACGACGACGAGGAUGACGAUGUGAGGGAUGAGCUUUGUAUUUGA